AGAGCAUGGCCGCAGGAGACCGAGCGCCGCAGUCUCGCGUUUGCUUCCUCCACAUCGACAUCGCCGCUUCUUGUGCGCUCUCGGUGAUGUUGCGGAGCCGCUCGUCGGGGUGACGCUCAACCCGGAGACUGUGCGCGUUUACGCAGCGACGUUCUGUUUGUUUUCCUCUCUCUCUCUCUCUCUCUUUUCCUCGUUUUCCUGCCCGUGUGCGUGUGUUGUUUGCGGCGGAGGGACAGAAGCGCUCGGGCGGCUGCAGGUUCAGCUGGAGCCGAAGAAGCUGCCGGUUUGGAGUCCUUCGGGCUUCCCUCCCGAACCGCACCGAACGGAUCUGGAGCCGCACGGACUGUAUUUCUGAUCUGUUUAUCUGUUGUGUUUCAUCCUCCUUGGUUUUUAAAUAUUGCCCCUCCACACCGCGCACCUCCUCUCCGGGAAAUUCGAGGCGAGUUGGAGAAACAGUUUCGCAGCGCGCAGCGGAGUUGCGGAGGAUCGUUGGGGCAGAAACACUGUGGCUUUUUGAAGUAGAAGUCGUUUUCGAGCAGAAGGUUUUUGGUGCAAAGUCAUCGAUCUGACUGUCGUCAAGCCGGUUCCUUUUUUUUUGUUAAAGCAGAGAAAGACAUUUCGUUUGGUUGCGAACACCGAGCAGGAAGCUGCACCUGUAAAGCGGACUCUCCGCGCAACAUCUCCCCGCCACAUCCGUCACAUCGGCACCGGGACCGGAGUCAAUUUGGCACCGUCGGAGUUCCAGAGCCAAGAUGCCGCAAGUGGAAAUGAUCCUCUUCCUCUUCCUCGUCGUAGUGGUGUGUGUUUACUGCCAGGACCCGGCGUCCAAGGUGGUGUCCGACCGCUACGCCGUCUACUGGAACCGGACCAACCCCAAGUUCUACCGGGGCGAUUACCACAUCGACGUCUGCAUCAACGACUACCUCGACGUCUACUGUCCGCACUACGUCGGGCCGGUCUCUGACGACCGGGCCGAGCGCUACAUCCUCUACAUGGUGAACUACGACGGCUACAGCUCCUGUGACCACACCGCCAAGGGUUUUAAACGCUGGGAAUGCAACAGGCCUCUGUCGCCCAACGGGCCGCUGAAGUUCUCAGAGAAGUUCCAGCUCUUCACCCCCUUCUCCCUGGGCUUUGAGUUUCGCCCCGGCAGAGAGUACUACUACAUCUCCUCCAUCACUGACGACAAGGGGAGAAGAAGCUGCCUUCGUCUCAAGGUCUUCGUCAGGCCUCAGAACAAUUGUGUGAAAAGCCCUGGCACCGCGCAGGAAGGGGUCGAUUUUGACGACAGCAGUCAGAACUCCCUAGAACCCAGAGACGGCAUCGGUCACGAGUCACCAGAGCCGGCUCGCCGGGACGUGAACUCCGCGGGUCGGCGCCACACUUCAGUGCCGCUGCUCAGCUCGGCGCUCAUCCUCCUGGCUGCCAUCCUGUCUUUAUAGCGCCCAGCCUGAGGAAUCCAUCAGGAAUGGACUGUCCUGAUUGGACCAGAGCCCCCCCCCCACCCACCCUACUCCACCCCGCAACCCCUCCCCUCAAAGGAGCACUUUUUGAAAUAAUAAUAAUAAAAAGAAAAAAAAAAGAAAAACACGAGACAAUCUCUCGAGGUGACAAGGGAGAGGAAGGGACUUGGACCCCGAAGCCUUCGUCGUUCGUUGACCACUAGAGGGAUUCUUGACUUUUCCGGCGGGUGCCGGCGGUCGAGGCCCCCCCCCCCCGAGGUGAAAGAUUCGGCCUCGCUGCAGUUUCACAGCGUGCCGAUAUUAAAAGACAAGCACGCGUCUACGCUUUCAAACAUAUACACGCGCGGAACGCGGGCUGCGCAGCCAGCGAGGACGCUGUUCCGCUUAAAUGGCUUAAAGAAGCACAGCAGGAUCCCUCAGAAGUUUACAGACUUUUAACCUUCUUUUCUUUGUUUUUCACCUAACCCCCGACAUGCAACAUGAUUACAAUCAAGUAAAUCACAUAAAACUGUCAAAUGUCAAAGUGGAAGACGUUUGGACGAAGACGGAUGUUGUCGCUAAGCGCGUGAGCCUCUGAUGAAAAAAGUGAAAUGUUGAAAAAAGGAGUCGGAUGUUGAGAGUAAAGAAAUUGUAAGAAGCACUCAUCUUUUAGUGUUUUGAAUAGGGCCGAAUUAAAGAUUGAUUAAUGUGUUUGUUUUGGGUUUUUUAACAUAUCACCUAAUUCAAUUGUAGCAGCCAACACGAGUGUAUAGUAAAAUAUUUGAAGUGGAUACGGUAUUUUGCCAGGCAAAAUGUAUUUUCCUAUUUAUUGUGAAGUCCUCGUGCUUGUUUUCUGAUCUGGUUUAGUCUGUAAGUACAGUAGAAAGGCAAUAAAAGAACAGCAACUACACUUACUCAUUAAGUUAGUCCAUAUUACACACUUGUUUUUUAUACUAUCAUUAAAAAAAAAAAAAAACACUGAGAACGGUCUAUGUAUCGCUUUGGUUUGAUUGCUGAUAUGUUCUUUUAUUGUUUUUAACAAAGUUCAGGAAGAAAACAAAAUAAGUCUGAUGUGCCAUCAGGGUGUAGUGAUCGUAGAAUACUUCUGUUUCAAUUAUGUCAUUAAAAUGCCACAAAUGUAGUUUUACUCUUUACACUAUUGCUUUUGUGAAUCACUGUUAUAACACAACUAUUGUACAUAGAGACAAAUUUCCUACAACUUUCAGGGAUGUGUCCCAUGUCCUAACAUGAGGUCUUUUCCUUUGCUUUUCUAAAAAGGAGGGUUACUCACUUCACAUAAGCAGAGAGAGGUGUUUGUUCUCUGAGAGCAAACUGAAUGGAAGCUUUAAAGUUCUCCUGUUGAGAUCAAUACUCGUGUUUUCCGAGCAGGACUAAGCAUCGAGACGGGCUGUUGAUGUGAUUGCUUAUUGUGUCGCAUUCAGACGGGAGGAUUCUGCAUGGAAAAGGCCUGUGAUGCGCAGCAAUGAUGAUUACUUUUAAAUUACCACACGUUUCUCUUCUCCUUGACUUGAACCAAGCUGGUUGUGACAUUUUUUUUUCCAAUCCUGCAAAUGCAUCCUUUGCAAACCUUGCAUCCUCCCGCUGACCUUUGGUGACCUUGGACGUCGGUGCGCAGAGCAUGGAGGCUUGUUUCCCCGUUCAGCCGUCAGCAUCGGCUGGAUUUGUUUUUUUCAGAACCGGCUCAAUGCCUCUGAAGCAGCAAACUCACCUGUAAAUUAAUUUAUUAACUACUGGUUUAAAAAAAAACCUGAAAGGUGGAAUGCUGCGUUUACUUGGAAUCGAGCAGAUGGCAAACCAGAAGGGACAGGACGCCUUGGCUCCCUCACACAAAAGAAGAUGUUUUAUUUACAUUAAACGCAACAACGAGAAAGCUGCACUUCCCAGCUAGAUGCAGCAUUUGCAUUGUUGCUGCCUGCUAGAUUUGAAUUGCCUGAUUCCGGGUGAAUGCAGCCACAAAUUAGAAUUAUGCUAGGACAAUAUCACACGAUCCACAGGCCGACAUGUUGCUGGCGUUUAGCUUCAGUAGCGGCUUAAAGACGGUUCCUGCCUUAAACUCCACACAACCGAUGGUCAAGCCUGAUGCUCAUCAGGGUUUGUUGUCUGUUUCAUAGACAAAACACAAAGAAGGUUCACCUUGAGUCAGUAUCUCUUUCUCUCUCAUAUAUAUAUAUAUAUAUAUAUAUAUAUAUAUAUAUCCCCUGGGAGGAUUUGGAGGAAUUGUUCAUUUAAGAUGGCCAUAGUGUCGCAUUUUGAGGGAUUUAUCACCAGAAAUGGAAUAUAGUAUGUUUGAGUGGCCACGUCCACUUAGUCCACCAUGUUGAUGCUACUGAAUCCUACUCAGUUUUUGGAGGAAAAUAUUUGAAUUUGAGGGCACAGAUGACCACAUAUUAAGCAUGUUGUUCUCCUCACACCUACCAGCCUGUAUGCAUCUUAGUUCACCAUUAAGUCCACGGUCACUGUAAUCUUUGCCUCCAGCCGCAACGACAAAAACCAAUCCGUUAGUUUUGUGGAUACUGUGUAUCCAACAAUGAGUCUGCUGAACAUACAGCGUCAGUUCCUUUCUCACCACUUUUGAAGGGAACAUUAAUGUUCUUAGCAAGAAAAAAAUAUUUGAAAACAAAUUCAAUGUUUGAUAUAAAAAAGAAAAAAAUGCUUUGUUUCUUUUUAUAUGUCUUUUUUACAAGCAAAAACAAAACAGCAUCAACAUCGCAGCCCGUGUCUGUUAAUGCGUUUGUGCAAAUACGGCACGCAUCAUGCAGUGUGGUCGGGUCACAAUCACGGAUCAAAGCCCCUGAGAAGAAGCAAAGGGGCAAGAAUAGCGGUCCCCCCCCCUCGAAAAAAGACACUCUUGUUUAUUGUGUUGCAGCAAAAAAGUGUGUUGAAGGUGCAGGAUGUCCUUUAUGUCUGCUGGCGGCCUCUCGCUAACAUCACCUCCGACUGUUUCCCAGCCGAGCAGCCGGACUCAGGAGAGACGCGGGCGGCUUUCUCUAUCUCUAAAAUCUGUUUUCCACCUCCAGUUUUGGGUGUUUCACGUUUGCGUCAGCUGACUGUGCUGCAAAGAGGGGCGAGCGAUAUGUUCUAAGGACUUCUUCUUCUACUUCUUCACCUGAUGUUGGUACCAUGUAGCCUGAAGCUAACGCCACUGUGUCUCUGGUUUGCAGCAUCUGUUUUCCAUCCUCUGUAUCUUAACAAAAAAAAAAAAAGGAUGUAUGUGUUUUUGUCAGUGCAUCUUACAUUGGGGAGGUUCAUUUGCUACUUUAUUAGACUUUGAUGUGCCACAAAAACGCACAUUUCUUUUGAAAUUGUAGUAAGUGUAACUUGUGCCUAUGACCCCCAUCUUCUCUUGUACUCAUCUAAACUCUUCUAAUGUCUUUUUUCCUGCUCAAUCACUCACUAGAAUUUUCUACAAAAAGGCCAUUUCUUUGUAAAUACACGUGUUGGAGCAGCCAUGACUAAAAAAAAAAAACUAAAAAAAGAUUUAAUAAAUAUUUCUGUCGUUGUAA